ACACCUGGACUCGGAAAGACAAGAUGGGUAUCAUCGAGCCAAGUCAGGGAGAUGCAAAAAUGGAGGUUGAGGUCCCUUCGGGCAAGGAGCGCGAGGGUCUCAAACAGUAUUUCAUCACGAAGAUCGAAGAACUUCAGCUCGUUGUCGCGGAGAAAACUCAGAACCUGAGACGACUGCAGGCACAGCGGAAUGAACUCAAUGCGAAGGUUCGAAUGCUGCGCGAGGAAUUGCAGCUUCUUCAGGAGCAAGGGUCCUAUGUUGGCGAAGUGGUGAAGCCAAUGGACAAGAAGAAGGUGCUCGUUAAGGUCCACCCGGAGGGCAAGUUCGUAGUCGAUAUCGACAAAAACAUCGACAUGAGCCAAGUCACUCCGAACUGCCGCGUGGCCCUUCGCAACGACUCCUAUACUCUUCAUAAGAUUCUCCCGAAUAAGGUCGAUCCUCUCGUCUCUCUGAUGAUGGUUGAGAAAGUUCCUGACUCCACCUAUGAAAUGGUCGGCGGUCUCGAUAAGCAGAUAAAAGAGAUCAAGGAAGUAAUCGAGCUCCCAGUCAAACACCCCGAGCUAUUCGAAGCGCUCGGUAUCGCUCAGCCCAAGGGAGUUCUGCUCUACGGUCCUCCGGGAACCGGGAAGACUCUGCUCGCGAGAGCCGUAGCUCAUCAUACGGACUGCACAUUCAUCCGUGUUUCGGGUUCGGAACUCGUGCAGAAGUUCAUCGGAGAAGGUUCGCGCAUGGUUCGAGAGCUUUUCGUCAUGGCUAGGGAACACGCUCCUUCAAUCAUCUUCAUGGACGAAAUCGAUUCGAUCGGAAGUUCCCGAAUCGAAAGUGGAUCUGGUGGCGAUUCUGAAGUGCAGCGAACGAUGUUGGAGCUUCUGAAUCAACUCGAUGGCUUCGAGGCAACGAGAAACAUAAAAGUCAUCAUGGCCACGAACCGGAUCGACAUCCUGGACUCAGCUCUGCUACGUCCGGGUCGAAUUGACCGGAAGAUCGAGUUUCCUCCUCCGAACGAAGAAGCUCGUUUAGAUAUUCUACGAAUUCACUCGCGGAAGAUGAAUUUGACGAGGGGGAUCGAUCUGCGGAAGAUCGCUGAAGCUAUGCCUGGAGCCUCCGGAGCAGAGGUGAAAGGAGUCUGUACCGAAGCUGGAAUGUAUGCUCUGCGUGAACGUCGGGUUCAUGUGACACAAGAAGAUUUUGAAAUGGCGGUCGCUAAAGUGGUGCAGAAAGAUGCCGAGAAAAAUAUGUCUAUCAAGAAACUUUGGAAAUAGUGUCUCAGUUCAGAUGAAACGCAACAAUCAUGCGUCGCUCGAGAGAAUGAGUUGGUCCGGCUCUGCCGUACGGCGAGCCAUCCGGCCGACCAGUCAAAGGGGUCGAUCAAUCAUCAAAGAUCUCACCUCUCCGGCGGUGCUUAUCGAGGAUCGGUCGCUUUGGUAAUCUAAACUCAGCGAACACAAGCGACACUCGCGGUGUCUCCUCAUUUAUUUCUAUGUUCACUGCAGACAUGAAAGACGGAAUAAAAACUUGAAUUCC